UUUCUUUGAAAUAGGGCAAAGAUGAAGAGCCUUUGCAGCGUGCUGCUCACUUUUUGCACUGCUCUGAGUUCUCUGUCCGGUGCUGCAGGUUUCCAUGUGUUUGGAUAUGAGGGACGAGAUGUGAAUGUUUCCUGCCACUAUGAUGAAGGCUAUCAGGGCUAUGAGAAAUACCUAUGCAGGAACGGCUGUGGUGACAGUGAUGUUCUAAUUAUGACAGGACAAACAAAGAAAGGUAGAUAUUCCAUUUAUGAUGACAAAAAGGCACGGAAGUCCACUGUGACAAUCUCUGAUCUUCGUGCUUCGGAUUCUGGGACAUACUGGUGCGGGGUGACCAGGACUGGGAAAGAUCUCUACAAUGAAGUCAAGCUGGAGAUAAGACAAGACAGCUGCUGUGACCAUGUGACUGAAAAAGAAAGUCAUGAUGGAGGUUCGGUGUCCUUCAGUUGUCCGUAUGAGUCUGAGAACCAGAACAACCUGAAAUAUUUCUGCAGAGGGACGCAACCGUCCACAUGUCUGCAGCAGGCACUGGUCACAUCUGACAACGAACACAACGGACAGUUCACUCUUACUGAUGACAAGGAGAUCAGGAAAUUCACAGUGAACAUCAGCAGUCUGACCCAAAAGGAUUCUGGGUCGUAUCUUUGUGGCGUACAUAGGAACAAUGGAUUCAAUGUUUUCGCUGCUAUUAAGUUGGAAGUAAAAGAGUGGUGCUGUGUGAAGUCACACAACAUGAGUGGCAUCGUGGGACAUGCAGUAACUUUGCAGUGUCCUUAUCUGCCCAAACACAAGAAUAACAGGAAGUUUCUCUGUAAGGGUGAUCACCACAAAAACUGCAGAGAUGUGAUUACCAGUAAGAGCAGGUUCUCGAUGCAGGACGACGUUUCUUCCAGCUUGUUUUCAGUGACAAUCUCAGGGCUGGAAGCAGGUGAUGCUGGGACAUACUGGUGUGUUUCAGACUCACAGUGGGGCAUUGGAAACUACACCAAGAUUCAGCUGUCAGUAGUCUCUGACAUCACUGUGGAAACAAAUUCAACACAUCCAUCUACCAAACAUGUCAAAGACGUGGUACUCUAUGUGGUUGUCACUGUGUCCGCUGUGUCGCUCAUAGUGAUAUUUGCCCUGGUUAUUGCCUGUAAAUACAAACGUCACAAAGUGCAAGGUGCUGAGGUCAACACCUACAGAAGCAAACCCAAUACUUCAGAGGAAGCGAUGGGCGGAGUAGAUAUUUAUGAAAAUCAAGAAGUUGUUCAGUACGCAAAGCCAAUGAAAUCCGGACAGCAGAACGCCUGUUCGCAGUAUGACAAUGAAGGUGAAGACCAACCCGACUAUGAAAACAUCACAGAAGACAUCUACUGUAACCAAAGUUUCCAUCAAGGCUAUAACAGAUGAACUGUCUGUACUGUUUUAGCAUGAACAACAGCGCAACCCGCAUUCAUGUACCACUGCAAUCUGACAAUUACAUCCUCUAACUGAAGACUUUGUUGGUCGUUGUGACCCAGAUUUGUUUUAUCAUCAACAUAAGAUACAGUUGAACAUGUACAUGUUCAUGGUUUUAACGCUUUCAACUUUUGCCAUUGCAUUAAUUUUCUUCAAUCUGCACUCCUUGUAUGAAUUGUGGAUAUCAUGUAAAAUUUCAGCCAUGCAACUUAAAUGUAAGUUACCUAUUUGUAUAUAAUAAAAGAAAACAAGUCAACAAAUGAUGAUAAACC